CCGUUGGACAACACACACACACACUCAGACAAAUAUUUUCAUUAGCGUCAUAACAGGGAUCAGUUCAUCGACGAACCGGUAGCAUUUUCCAACGGAAUAAAUUAAACCAACGUGAUUAUUUUUUAAUUAACUUGUCAAUUGCAGUUAUUUUAUUUUAAAAAGUGACAUUUAUUAAUUAGUAAAAGGUUAAGUGGUUAAAAUCCAUCAAGAUGCCACCGAAGCGUAGGCCGAAAGCCAAAGCUCCCAAGGCAGUGCAUCCUGCUUUGCAAGAAUCGGAAGCUGAGAGAGAAAUCACUUUGGAGGAGGCGAAAAAUAGAAUAGUUGAGCUGGAGGAACAGUUGCGACAGAUGACAUUAGCAAGUCAAACUCAGAAUCAAGAUGUCAACAAUCCGCCAGCAAAUCCCACACGGAAUUUAGCCAGAAAUCGUGCGGCCAGCGUAGCAGUUUCUUCUCCAGGUGCUCGAAGAGUUCGCAGAGGUUCGGCUAGUGCUGUUAAAAAAGAUCAAAAUGCUGGGUGUUCAUGCACCGGUAACUGUGGAACUAAAAGGUGCGGCUGUGUUAAGAAGGAUAAAGUUUGUAAUGAGUUUUGCAAAUGCGCGGAUGCCUGUCAAAAUAAAGGCAAUGCUUCCGAUGGCAGUGACGAUGAUGACAAAGAAAAUGAAAAUGUCCAGACAUCAACAAAUGUCGACGUGAAAAACAGAGGGAAAAAGGCAGUUCCACUCACGCCCGCUGCUCAAACAAAAAAGGGCCGUCGAGCUAAUGUGAUAUCAGAUUCUAGUACUGAGGGGACUCCAAGUCCGAUGGAAUCUGUAGCGCCGAGAUCACUCUUUGAUACCCCGGUGGUAGAAAACAAAUCUAACAAUGAAUCUUUCAGUAGUCAUGAAUCUAAUGAAGCAGAGGAACGAGUUCCAAUAAAUCCAAUGAAACCAAAACAUCAGCUGUUACGGAGUCCAGUGGUCAGGAGUCCUAUGGCCACGAGAAGUAGGUCAAAAUCACCGAAUCCUAUUGCUGAUCCUGCUCGUAAUGAUGAUAGCGAUGAUGACGACGAUUAUGAUGAUAAUGGCUUAGCCACUUCAAAAGCUGAAACAUCCAGCUCAAGUCAGUCGUCGUCAGCAUCAACCGAUCCACUGCAACCGAAGCACAAACUGGCACGCAGUCCGGUGGAUAGAAAAGUCCUCACAAGAAGUCAAUCGAGAUCACCAAAUCCACCCGCCGAUCGUGUCCAUAAUGAUUAUGAUAACGAGGACUCCUCCAUUCCAAAGGCUGAUACAUCUAGCUCGAGCCAAUCGUCAUUAUCAGCAGAGGAUCCACUGAAGCCGAAGCACAAGUUGAUGCGCAGUCCCAUUGCUGGAACCUCCAAUGCUGGAAGAAGUUCCAAGUCUCCAAAUAUGCCAUCAAAUACUUCCGUUUUCCAUGAUGAUGAUGUCUUUCUACCCGUGCCGAAGCCCGAUCCAGCUGAACUGAGCACUUCACUGCCUCCACCACCGGAAAUUUUCAAGGAAGAAGUCGAUUGGUCCGAGCACAAAUCUCAAUUAGUUAAAUGCCGUAAGUGCCAACGGAAUUUCUUCCCAUACCGUAUUGCAGUACACGAGAAAAAUUGUAUUAAAAUCUAGUGUAUUGUCUGGCUGGCCAGACAUACGUUUUAUAUUUAUGAACCGAACUUACAAUUUUAUAAGAUUAUUUAGCAUUAUAUACUAGGAAAUUUUUUCGGAUAAAACUAAAAAAAAAUUAUGCGUGCUUAGCAAACUUAUUAACGCUUCUAAAGCAAGCGCAUAAUAAAUUCGUUAUAAUUUAUCAAAAUUUCUAUACUACGCUUUUAUGAUGUUUAUUUAUUAUACUUUUUAUGUUGAUAAUUAAUCUACGAUAAUAAUAUUCCUACUAAUUACUAAUCGUGGCUGAAUUAUGAGACUUUCGGGUUAAAAAUUAAUUUAAUUCAUUUAAAGUUAAGAAAUUAAUUACUAUUUUUUAUUUAUUAUAAUUAUUAUACUUCCAUGACUAUAACUGUAAUUAAUCAAAUGUAUAAUUAACAAGAAACUAAAACUACUUUUUUAAAUUUACCUGAUUGUACUUAGAAAUUUUUUUGGCCACUGAUUUUACGAAACACUCGAAACUUUUUACGAAUACAUUUGAAAUAAAGUAGAAGUAUGAAUAAUAAUAUUUCCAUGGGGUUGUAAAAAAAAUUAGUCAUUACCAUGACAUCGAUUGUUUGUACUCAACAUUAUUAUGCAAUUAUUAUUAAUAUGUAUUCAAAUAACUGAUAUUGUUAUCGUUGUAAAAAAAUUAAAUAUAUAUUGAAGAUUAUUAUU